AUGCAUCCAAGACUGCAUGAAAAAAUAUAUCUACUUAAUAUAAAUAAAUCUCAAACAUCUACAGAAACUGCAAACCUGGAAGGAGAUGCUUUCUGGGAUGGCACUUGUCAUGGCCUUGAAAAGCCCAAGGAAGGAGUCAUGACUGAGAACAACGAUCAUAUUAAUUGGAAGGUGGAGGAGCAGGAUGGUUCUGUGGUACGGUUUAAGAUUAAGAUGCCACUUAGUAAACUAAUGAAAGCCUAUUGUGAACGACAGGGUUUGUCAAUGAGGGAGAUCAGAUUCCGAUUUGAUGGGCAGCCAAUCAAUGAAACGGACACACCUGCACAGCUGGACAUGGAGGAUGAAGAUGUAGUUGAUGUGUUCCAGCAGCAGACAGGAGGUGUCUACUAA